AUGGCCGACACGGCAGCCGAAGCCAAGCUGAGGUUUCUCCAUGCCGCAGGACAUCUAUAUUCAGCCACUGCGCCGGCCACCUCUGCGCAGCUGAUGCUCCAACGGCGCCUCGAGAUGGCUGGCAGUGCCGGGCCCAAGGGCAACGAUGGGUCAAGCUCAUCAUGUAAGGCAUGCGGUACUGUCUUGAUCCCGGGAUGGACAUCGCAGAUUAGCCGAGUUGACAAACGAGCGUCAAAAAUGGCUAAUCCAAAACCUGGAUCCAAAAAGCAUACCCGGGGAAAGCUCUCUCCAAUUGCGGACAAGUAUGUACGGGUCAAAUGUCUAGCUUGUCAUCGCUUCGAGGAUACGCCUUUACAGAAGUCCAAGCCAAGUAGUAACAGCGAGACGGCAAAGGCUACAUCGCAGGCGACGUCUUCUUCAGAUGCUAAGCUACAACUAGACCCAGAGUCAAGCCCGCUUGAUAACUCUAGCAAGGCCAAUAAGCGGCGAGAAAGGGCUCGAAAGAACAAAAGCGGACUGCAAGCUAUGCUGGAGAAGUCCAAACUUCCUGCGGCACCUUCUUCUGGGUUUGGACUGGAUCUUUUGGACUUCAUGAAGCAGGAUUGA